GUUAGAGUGAAUGCCUUUCUGAUUGUAACUGAACUGAGAAAAGAGAAUUCCCGUUUAUAUACUUGGAAGGAGCGCUUGGAUUUCUGGGAUUUCAACAAACCUUUGCAUUGUGGGAAACUCGUAAACAUAAUUGUUGUGUCUCGACUUCUUGACCACAUGAACAGCGAAUGACCGUCGUAAACAACGCAGAAAUGUGGCAGUUUAGGUUCUUGUUGCUAUGUCUCCUGUUUCUUUUACUCGGACUCAUUCUUCUAUACAGAAAAUCGCGAAGUUUUCGUUUCCGUAUAAAGUAUAUUGGUUACAACUUUGUGAUCAUGUUAUCCGCCAUUCAUUGGACCUUUGUUGGUUUGUGCCAUCCAUUUGAUGUAGACAACUUUCAUCGUUGCUCCGGCAUCUUGUACAAUUUCCUCGUCAGAGCCUACUCGAUACGCGCUCAAGUUGAAGGACUUGAGAUCUUUGAUACUCUCAAAGAGAAGAAUUUCAUUAUUGUAGCCAACCAUCAAAGUUCGCUUGACGUUUUUGUGUUGCUUCAGACGACACCCCGUAGAACCACGUUCUUAGCGAAAAAGGAACUACUGUAUGCACCUCUGUUUGGAUUUGCGGCCUGGCUUUUUGGAAUCGUAUUUGUUGAUAGAUCUAACGCCAAGAGUGCGAGAAACGUCAUGGAUAAAACAGCAAAAACGAUGCGUGAUAAAAAGGUAACUGGUGAUCGUUAGGUGGUCAACAGAGGGGGGCUGGGUUCAAACUUCAAUGGUCAUGCUAACGGCCGAGACAACAAUCGAAGAAGUAUUUAGAAUUGUUUCUGAUUAUUUCAAGCCUUGAAGCAGUGAAACAUCAACUGGGAAAUUUGAGGUCCAAAAAGAUCCAAAUUAUAGCUAUCUUGGUAUCUUUCUGAGGACCCCUAGAGAAAUGCUAAUGAGCAAUUUUCUUUGUGCUUGUCAGCACAAACUUUGGAUCAAAUAAGCUGUUAAAAUUUACCUUGCUCCCAGCUGGUAGCUUUUUGGCUUAAUAACAGGGCCCUGUGGGUGUCUGGUGGACAGGGGCUCAAACCCUGUUGAAGCAUGAUAUUUUUCUGGCUUCUUUUUCAGCAGUUUUUUUAAUUAUAAUUAGUUCACCUGUGAGGAAUUUUUCGCUGUUUGGUGAAAAUUUCUCCCAAAGCUUUCUGGGGUUAUUAAGCUUAGAAAUAUAAUGUAACCUUACACAUUAGAUACACAUAACCGCCAGUAGAUUGAGCUGUUGACCAAGUCUUCUGCUCACAGGACACAGGUUUUACACUGUUAUUACUUUAUUUGUAACUUGCUAAAAUGUUAGCAGUAAAUAUUAAAUAAAUUAAAUAUCAGAUGUUCUCAUGUAAUUUGCAGAUUAAUCUUUGGAUCUUUCCAGAGGGCACAAGAAGCCAGAGUGGUACGUUUCUCCCAUUUAAGAAAGGUGCCUUCCAUCUUGCCAUUCAGGCACAGGUAGGUUGUCUGGAUUCUCUCAAGUUGAUGUCCAUUAACACAUGUGAAUUUGGAAAGUGUUGAAAAGGGAUAAUGCACAGAGGGAUGACUUGAAACAACUCACAAGAUGGAGGAUUAAUGGCAGGACAAAAAUGCAGGCCAACUUCAUGGUUUGGUGUUUUUCAUUAGACAAAAGUUAUGAAUUGAAAAUAAUUAAUAGUCUUUGUGAACUUGAUUAUUCGUUAAGACAGUUAAAAUAUUCAUCUAUUAAUAAUACUUAAUAUGUAAAAGCAGUGUAAAAAUUAAAUGGAACAUUUUAUGGAACUUCAGAAUGAAACAAUCAUGUGUGUUUUGUUUUAGCUUCCUAUUGUUCCUAUUGUAAUCUAUGACUACUCUUCAAUUUUCAACAAGAAAAACAAAGCAUUUGAACAUGGUAAGUUUCAGGUAGCUUUUUCAUUUUAGUGCUAAGAAAAAUUUAACUCCCAGAGGUGAUUAACAUGUAACUUCUCCAUAAAUCCACACAUUAUACAGCAUACAGGUAAUGAGAAUACUCAAAUGUAUCGGUAGAAGUUGUUACCUUCUCCUUUCCCACCCCUUAGAUGAUAGUAAAUUUUGAUUUUGACAGAAAUAUUUGAUAAUGAGGGGAUUACUAGAAUGGAUGGGUGGAUGGACUAGGGUUCUACCUCAGUGCAGGAUUGCUGCCUUAUUCCACUCACACCCUCUUGUCUGAAUGUUUUUUUAUUUUCCUUAGUCAACCAUAGCCCACAGUUCUGCACUCAUUAAAAACUUUUUUGUGUCAAAAGCAACCUUGCUUAAAUGCCUUAGAGGGCACUUUGAUUGAUCUACACAUCUUGUACCACCCUUAAAAACAGUUACCCACAAAUGUAGAAAACAAUCUUGAAGGGGCUAAUCACUUUUCCUUUUCUCAUUGGCCACCUCUAAUUAUUGGAUAAGGUUGGGCAUGAUAUCAUGAAUUAUCAAUGCUGAGGUCUGAGUUAUCUGCCAAAACUGAAGAAAUGCAACAUGCCAUGUUGGAGACAAUUCUAUAAGCAGUAAAAUCACUGCAUAUUUAAUUUAGCAAAUAACCAAAUAUUGCUUACUGUCAAACAAAUUUUAACAUAUCAUAACACACCAUAAGAAAAUGCAAUGAUUAUAUAUUCUUAACCAAUAUGCAAAAGAAGACACUUUUCUCUGAGUUGGCAAAAGUUUGAGCACACUAAUGGACAAGGGGCUUGGAAACUAGGCAGACUUUGAACUUUACAUGAUAAUCCAAUAUUUGUUGCAGGUAUUGAGUUAUCAUGUCAACUUCAUACACUAUUGUAUAUUGACUGCAUGUUCUUGCCCAAUCAGAGUUUUCAUAGAAAGCCUAAUGUAUAAAAAUUUUUCUACAUUAUUUGGGAGUUAUGAUUACUUCGUUGAAUGAAUGGUGAAAAAGUAGGGAUUACUAGAAUUAAGGUGUUGAUGAUAACUUUAUUCAGUUUGUCAGUGUCAUUUACUGUCACAGACAUUGACUCCCUUUGACUACUCUUUCCAUGUUGAUUGCACAUCACAUUGUGUAUGAGGUAACCUAAUUGUCAGUCACACUGAUGCUGUCUUAACCCUUUAACUCCCAAGAUCUCACUAUUAAUUCUCCUUACUGUCUGUCAUUCAGUUCUUGUGAUGUUAGUUUUGAGAAUUUGGUAUUGUAUCAACUUAUAAUCCACUGAUUGAUAUCUUUCUUUAUUCUCAUCACAUGUCUGCUUGAUAUUGUAAUGAUAUUGUAAGGAGAAAUUCUGUCUUGGUCACUCAUGGGAGUUAAAGGGUUAAAUCAUAAACUUAUCAGUUAAGUUUUUCAUGUACCAUCUUGUAGGAAUCAUUAAAAUUAAAGUGCUGGAUCCCAUUUCAACUGAUGGCCUUGCAGCCGAUGAUGUUGGGGAGUUAACAGAUCAUGUUCGACAAGAGAUGCUGAAAGUUUUCCAUGAAAAGGACUCUUCAGGAAGCCACCAGAAUUCAGUACCAGCAGGAGAGAAAAAGAAUGAGUGACACUAACAUUUACAUGAAAUUAAAGCAAGUUGAGCUUAAAUUCAAUUCUAUGUGGAGUUUUAAGUGUGUUUUAAAAAUGAAUAUGAUCAGAAAUGAAAUUAUUUUACUAAAGAGAUGGAUUGUACAUUGAAUUUAUAGUUUCCAGUCCCAUUACAAUUUUUGGUGCUACGUAAACUAUUGGGCUAAAAUAGCCAAUGAUGCUUGUGGACCUUCUUUUGCUUGCAAGGUUUUGAAGUUUUGAUUGUAAUUCAAUUAACUCCAAUAAUACAAACAGAGUGAUCUUGGUGUUUACUUUAUUUAAUUUUGAAACUCAAAAUUUUAAAUCAUAAAGAGAUCUUUAUUUUAAUUUUUAUGAAUGA